UUGCGGUUGCAAAUCAAACUGUUAUAUUAUGACAAAAUACAGACAAACAUGAUUUAUGUAAUCUCAACGUAGUUUAGAAUUAUGAUUCAUAAAUUAGUAGAAUUAGUAGCCAAAGUUAAGAGAGUGUUACAACGCUGGGGUGUUAUUUCUGCAUCUAAGGAAGAGGUGAAGCUUUUGGGGUCUGUGGGAAGCCCAUUUGUGAUAAGAGUUCAAAUUGCCCUGAAAUUGAAGGGUAUUGAGUACAAAUAUGUGGAAGAAAAAUUGGGUUAUUUAAGUGAAACACUUCUCAAUUACAAUCCAGUUUAUAGGAUGGUUCCUGUUUUUGUUCAUAAUGGGAAGCCUAUCUCAGAAUCUCGUGUGAUUCUUGAGUAUAUUGAUGAAACUUGGAAACAAAAUCCUAUCUUGCCUAAUGAUCCUUAUCAAAGAGCAUUGGCUCGUUUUUGGUCCAAGUUCAUUGAUGAUAAGUGUGUGGCUGCUGCAUGGAAAUCUGUUUUUAUGCCUAAUGAGAAAGAACGUUCUCAGGCUAGUAAAGAAUUAUUGGAGGCUUUGCAAUUUCUUGAGAAGGAGUUGAAAGACAAGUUCUUUGGAGGGAAAGAGAUUGGUUUUGUGGAUAUUGCUGCUCUCUUUAUCCCUUUAUUCCAAGAAGUUGCAGAGUUUCAGUUAUUCACCAGUGAAAAAUUUCCUAAGCUAUACAAAUGGAGUCAAGAAUUUUACAACAAUCCAAUAGUCAAGGAAAUUAUGCCUUCAAAAGAUCAACAAUUUGCUUAUUUCAAAGCUCGUGCCGAGAGCCUUGCGGCUCCAUCAAAAUAGAUUAAUAGUGUGUGAGUUUGUGAACUUCUAAGUUCAUUUCAAAUGUAAUAUAAAGUAUUUACAAUGUAUAGUUUCUCAUGUGAAAUAAAGAUCAUGUAAUAUUGUAUUCGGUUUCGCCAUUCAGUUAAUGAAAGAUCAUGUAAUAUUGUAUU